AUGUUAAGAAUGGAUGGGGAGGAAAAUAAGAGAGAUGUUGUUGAUGAGAGUUUACAAACUCAGUUGACAGAAGAAUCCCAGAGAAAUACAUCAGGAGAAAAUGCUGGAUGUGACUCUUCGUCUCAGCAGAAAACAAAGCUUGUAUCAGAUGAAGUGUUCAGGGACCUUGACAAGAAAAGAAAAGAGAACGGCACAAACAAAAGGGCACUGUCAGGAUCACCAAACCCGGAUGCUGUUGUAGCAGACAAACAUAAAAAUGUCUCCAGGAAAAGAAAGCAGAGUUGUUCAGAAGACAUGGAAGACAGUGAAAGGAAGUUUCACAAAGCUGUACCUGGAGAAGUGGGUAGUAUUGUAGCUGGAGCUGUAAAGAGGGAAGGAGUCACCAGUUGUUGUGGUGAUGAAAUACUUAAUUUAAAUUUCCUGUGCCUACAUUGUGAUUUCAGAUGUGCUGAUGAUGCCAUAUUGAAAAUUCACAAGGAAAAUAAACAUCCACAAGAGGAGCCAGCUGCUGUUCAUGAUACGUUGUGUUCUUCAGAAGAAGUCAGUAUUGGUUAUGCAGUUGGAAGCAUAGAUGGAGAUUUCAAAAGCAGAAUGAGUGAUCAGUGUUUACCUUCCUGCUCUGAUAAGGAAAACAAUAAACAAGAAAUUUCCUCUAAACUAUCCAAAGAGCAAACAUACCCUCACUGUAGUUGCAAAGCUGAAUGUAGUUCAACAUUACAUAUGCAUGUCCAGCAAGAUCAUGAGAAAUCCAAGAUGUUUUGUUGUGAACUUUGUGGUUUUCAGAGUGCUGAGGAAAAUCUCCUAACUUCUCAUUUCCUUGGCAAGACUCACCUUCGGCGCCAAAAUCUUGCUGCACGGGGAGGAUUUGUACAAAUAUUGACAAAAAAAUUCUCCAAAACCCAACGAUCUACUGCAACCAAAGAAAGGAAUGUCAGAGCAAAACCUGUGACCAGUAAAUUAAGGGCAAGGGCUGCUGGUGCAAAAGAAUUAAAUGCUUGCAGUGUGCUGGAAGGCUCAAAAGUAAGCUUGUCUAAACAAAAUGAUGGCACUGAACUGAUUGAAAUGAUACCAUCUUCAGAUGUUCCCACUGAAAAAGCAGAUACUAUGACAGAAGAAACAUUUCCUUCUUCUGCUGUAGAAGGAAAUUGUGAAGUUUGUACUGAAAUAGAAAUACCAGGACCCUCAGAAAGUAUCUUGCAGAAAACAGAAUUUCCUCCAACUACCAAAAAGCCAGUUAGCAGUUUAAACUUGACAAGGAGAUUUGAUAGACCGGAAUGUAGGAGAAGCAUUGUCUUGUUAAGGUCUUCACUGGGACAGAGUAGGUCUUUUAAAUUCAAGAGGCAGGUUAAAAGAAGGUACAGCUUGUUGGGAAACUUUAUGAGAGGCAAGUCAGAAACUCAGAGACUACACAUGAAGCAUAUCUCCAGCACAGAGUUUAAAUCUGGUGAUUCAAGCCAUAUGUCACAAACAGAAUUAGAAACAGAUGCUAGAGGUAAAGGUAAUAAUACUUCAGAAAUUCAGGAUCUUACUGAAGAUAAGCCAAAUACCCCUUCUUCCAGCACUACACAUACUAAAGAUUAUGAUGUUAACCUUACUGCUGAUCACAGUGUUCUUCAUACUUGCACUGAUUGUGGUCAUGUUUUUCAGAACAGAAAAAGUUUGGAAGUUCAUGUUGAAAAGCUUCAUACAAAAAGGAUUCAAUUUCAUUAUCAGACGUGUAGUUAUUCCUCUGGAGUCAGGGAAGACAUGAACCAACACUCUCAGGACAAUAAACACCAGAUGGGUGGUUGUAGCUUUAAUUGUCAACUCUGUUCAUUUACCAGCUUGAACGUGAAUAGCCUUCAAAGCCACAUGAGUGAAGCACAUAAUAUGUCCCAUAGUUGUCCAACUUGCAUUCUUUUUUUUCAUAUGGAAGAAGAGCUGAUAAAACAUCAAAAAAAUGAGAAACAUUAUGGUUCAGUCUUCCAGCAAGCCACUCCUCUGGGUAACAGUGAUCAGACCUUGCAAGUGCCAACUUAUGCUGACUCGUUAUCAAACAAUAGCCAAAAUCUUGCAAAGGAAAUGGAAGUAUCAAUGAAAGCAAAACCUCCAGACCCUUCCUUCAUAAACCAUAAAAAUGAACUGAAGCAUUCUGUUCUGAAUAAAACCCAAUUUCAAUGCAAAAAGUGUUUUUAUAAGACAAGAUCUUCCACGGUUCUUACAAGGCACAUAAAACUCCGACAUGCACAGGAGUAUCACUUCCUUUGCAAAGCGUGUAAUCUCUACUCACUGAGUAGGGAAGGAAUGGAGAAGCAUAUCAAAAGAAGCAAGCACCUUGAAAAUGCCAGGAAAAACAACAUUGGACUGCGUUUUGAAGAGUGUAUUGAAAAGGUUUGUGUUGGCAUUGGUGGUAUGAAAACAAUAGUGGAUCCUUCCAUUUCUGGGAGUGGGAAUACAGAGUUAGAUAAAGAAAUUAUACAUGUUUCAUCCUCUUCCAUGGAAAAUGUAUCAAGGAAUAAGGAAAUCAUUCAACUUGAUCAAAGGAUUGCUGAAAAUGAAUUGGUUUUAGCUAAUGAACCCAAAAGAGGGAAACCCAAAGGCACUAUUUCUAGGACAUGUAGCCAUUGUGGUCUUUUGGCCUCCAGUGCUACAAAUUUGACUGUUCACAUCAGACGUAAACAUAGUCAUCAGUACAGCUAUUUGUGUAAGGUUUGCAAUUAUUACACUGUAACCAAAGGAGACAUGGAACGCCAUUGUGCAACCAAAAAACACAAAAGUCGUGUUGAGAUAGAAGGACCUGGAAAACAGAACUCAGACAUCAUCAUUAGCCCUAAAGGAGGUAAUUUUGGAUCCAUGAGCAAGAAGGGUAACAGCCCCAUGACUGCCUUGUAUGAACAUGUUGAGGAUGGUAACCAGUCAUCAGAUUUGGAAAAUUCUGUCUUAGACAAUCAGGAAGUUGAGCAAGAAGAUGCUGAGCUAAAAGUUGUAAAUGCCAGUAGGCUGCCAGAUUUGGAGCAUACUAGCAAUCCAUUAAGUGUAAACCAACACUUGUUUCUAGAACCAGCAAGGGUUACACAAGAUGGUGACCCAUGCCUCCAGAAAAGAGCAUUGAGUGCAAGUGACAAUAAGUGUGUCCACUGCAGCUUCGUUGCUCAUUCUUCUUCUUCUUUAGAGCUGCAUGUGAAGCGAAAACAUACGAAACAGUUUGAAUACUACUGCAUGGCUUGUGACUACUAUGCUGUUACUCGUAGAGAGAUGAUUAGGCAUGCAGCAACAGAGAAACAUAAAAUUAGAAGAGAAUCUUAUGUUUGUUCUUCUGGGGAAGAAGCAAACACAGCAAAUAUCACUAAAGAAGGCACUGCUUUGUCUAAAGAGGAGCACCAUCACAGUGCAGGAGAAUCAAAAACUGUUUUAGGUGAAACAAAAUGUAUUAGUGAUGCAGCAGAAGGUGAUCAUAUGAGUAAAAACUUAACUGAGCGUACGGUCUUAGAUGAAUGUGCAUCUUCAGGAAGACCUAAAGGAGGUGAUUCCAAAGAUACAGUAGAAAGUGAACUUGAAGAGAAGUCUAAAAAUGGGGGAGAAAACCAUUUUUGUGAAGGUUUCCAGCAAACUCCUCAAAAAGGUAAAGUUAAUCUUGACAAGGAAGUAUCAGUUAAAGAAACAGAUACUAGUGAGUUGCAGCAAAGUAGGUGUGGUCAGGAGCUGCUCAACUCAGAUGAUGAUUGCACUGCAGCAAAUCAAAACAGAUCAAGCAGCACAAGCUUGAAUUCAGGAAAAGGUGAGGAAAGCUUGGAAGCAUAUAAAGCAAAUCCUGAAGUAGAAUGUGGAAACACAGACAUUCUCAAAAAAAUACCACUGAAAAGAAGUAGCCCACUUAUGCUAACUCUUCCAGAAACAAGUAGUGCAGUAGAGCAAUCAAAUUUUGCUGGAAACAUUGGAGAAAUGGUACAAAAUAUACAUAGUUUAGAGGGUGACAGAAGUUUCAAAGAGGAUCCUACUGGGGAGGAGGAAGAAGCCCUUAUGGAAGCACAACAUGAGGCAGAAGUAACUAUAAAUAACAAUGCUUGGGAGGCAGAUGGCUCAACAGCUGAGGGCAUGCAAGAAAGUAAUAAUGAGGCUUUAGGAACGGUUAUCAGUGCUGAUGAUAAAGGAAAGGCAAUGCAAAAUUUUGGCAAGUUUGAUUCUUCUAUAGUGAGAUUAAAAAGCCAUCAAGAUGGGGAGGUCACUGAUAAUUCUGCUGAAGGACAGAUGUCAAGUAGAGUGAAGGCUAGAGAUCUUACAGUGAAAGUAUACCGUUCACCAAGUGGUGGGAAAAAGAAGUCAGAAGGAAUUUCCCUUGGGGAAUUGACACGUAUUCGCUGUGAUGACUGUGGUUUCCUAGCAGAUGGUUUGAGCGGACUAAAUGUUCACAUAGCCAUGAAACAUCCUUCAAAAGAGAAACAUUUUCAUUGUUUACUGUGUGGAAAAUCAUUUUACACAGAGAGCAACCUUCACCAGCACUUGGCCAGUGCCGGGCACAUGCGGAAUGAGCAGGCAAGUGUGGAGGAGCUGCCUGAAGGAGGCGCUACCUUUAAAUGUGUGAAGUGCACGGAGCCCUUCGAUUCGGAGCAGAGCUUGUUUCUCCACAUCAAAGAGCAACAUGAAGAAUUGUUGCGGGAAGUGAAUAAAUACAUUGUGGAAGACACUGAGCAAAUAAACAGGGAGAGGGAAGAGAACCAAGGCAAUAUCUGCAAGUAUUGUGGGAAGAUGUGUAGAAGUAGCAAUUCCAUGGCCUUCCUAGCUCACAUCCGUACCCAUACAGGAUCAAAGCCAUUCAAGUGCAAGAUAUGCCACUUUGCAACAGCUCAGCUCGGAGAUGCCAGAAACCAUGUCAAGAGGCACCUUGGGAUGAGGGAAUACAAGUGUCAUGUCUGUGGGGUGGCGUUUGUGAUGAAGAAGCAUUUGAACACUCAUUUACUGGGCAAGCAUGGAGUCGGCACACCCAAAGAAAGGAAAUUUACAUGUCAGCUGUGUGACAGGAGCUUCACAGAGAAGUGGGCACUGAAGAACCACAUGAAGCUGCACACGGGAGAGAAGCCAUUCAAGUGCACCUGGCCCACCUGCCAUUACUCUUUCCUCACAGCCUCCGCCAUGAAGGACCACUUUAGGACGCAUACAGGCGAGAAGUCGUUCCUCUGUGACCUUUGUGGCUUUGCCGGCGGGACACGUCAUGCCCUCACCAAGCAUCGGCGGCAGCACACAGGAGAGAAACCAUUCAAAUGUGAUGAGUGUAACUUCGCUUCCACAACACAAUCGCAUCUGACACGACAUAAGCGUGUCCAUACUGGAGAAAAGCCUUACAGAUGUCCCUGGUGUGACUACAGGUCUAACUGCGCUGAAAAUAUACGUAAGCAUAUCUUACAUACAGGAAAGCAUGAAGGAGUAAAAAUGUAUAACUGUCCUAAAUGUGACUAUGGAACCAAUAUCCCUGUGGAGUUUCGUAACCACUUGAAAGAACUACACCCAGACAUUGAAAAUCCUGAUCUGGCGUACUUGCAUGCUGGCAUUGUGUCCAAGUCCUAUGAGUGCCGACUGAAGGGACAAGGAGCAACCUUUGUGGAAACUACGAGUCCUUUUACUGCAGCAGCACUGGGAGAGGUUUCUCCAGUUAAAGAUAAGGUCUUUAGGGGCAGUAGAAGACAGCCACAGUCACCUGAAGAAGUUCAGCAAGUUAUUAUUAUUCAAGGAUAUGAUGGUGACUUUGCAAUUGAUGCCUCUAUGGAAGAAACAGCAGCGGCUACCCUUCAGACUCUAGCAAUGGCUGGUCAGAUGGCCAGGGUGGUCCAUAUUACAGAAGAUGGGCAAGUCAUAGCUACAGAUCAAAACGGCUCACAUGUGAGUAGCAUGGUUCCAGGGCAGAUACUUACCGAGCAGUUAGCAGAUGGUGCAACACAGGUGGUAGUGGUUGAAGAAACAGGAACUGAUAUGGAGACGGCUGUUCAAAUAGAUGCAGUCCCUGACUCCAGUAGUACUGUUCUGCAGCAGAUAGUGCGACAAGAAGUUUUAGAUGUUUCUGAAGCUACAGUGCAUCCUCCAGACUCCUCCUCGGCAUUAGAUGCCCUGCUGUGUGCUGUAACAGAGCUGGGUGAUGUGGAAAACAAAUCUGGACUCCUUGACAGAUGCAGAUCGAAUCACAAAGAUUUCUCGCAAACACCAAAUCCAGAGAUGCCCAGCAUUCCCAGUGACACAGACGGACAAGAAAUACAAAUGUUCCAUGAAGUUCAAGAGACUCAGGAAGAUACUGAACCUAUGGAAGUAGUGACGCAGGUCAUGCACCCAUCGGCUAUAAUUGCAUCUCAGGAGAGAGCUCAGGCUGCUUUGGAGAAAAUGGUCCAAGGAGUAUUACAGUUUGCUGUAUGUGAUACAGCUGCAGCCGACCAGCUGAUGAAAGAAGGUGUCACUCAGGUCAUUGUAAAUGAGGAAGGGACUGUGCAUAUGGUAGCUGGAGAAGGUUCUCAAAUAAUUAUGCAGGAAACUGGUAGCCACACGCUCAGUGUCCAGAGUGAGCACAUGGAUUUAGUCCAGUCAGAUGGGGAAAUAUCACAGAUUAUUGUCACAGAAGAAAUAGCUCAAGCUAUGGUUCAGGGUUCUGAUGGCAACUUCUCUGAAGGUGCAACCCACUACAUUGUCACAGAAUUGUCACCAGACAUGCAGAAUGAGCCUGGUGUGUACUCACAUACUGUGAUAGAGACAGCUGGGUCUCAAGAGAUUUUGCAGGCUGGUACUGCUAUAAAAGCAGAAGCCAUAAACUGUGAUAGAGCAGAACAGUUAACAAGCAUGGUCAUUUAUACAGAGGGUGGCUCACAAGUAAUUCAGAGCCAGAGAGAUGAUAACAAAGUAGAAGAAGCAUGAAGACUUUCAUCUCCUAGGCCUGAUGCAGGGCAAAGCUGGAAAUUCACAGAUCCAUGGAGGCACUGGAACAUUUACUGUAAAACCUUUUCCACACAACAUCCUCCUAGUCAGGUAGCAAAUACCCUGCUCAGCUGCUGGGAGGAUUUCACUGAAAAGGGUAGUACAUUCUUGUUACAAUAGCUCUAAGAAUUAUUAUGUGGAUUAUUAUAAAACAAGCAUAUUAGAGUAAAAAAACAAUCAAAAGCUCUUCCC